AUGAUCCCGUCCCAGAUUUAUCUGUUCUUGUCGCUGGCUCUCUAUCCCGGUGCCUUCUCGCUGCUAACGGGAUUUGAUCCCAAAAACUUGCCCUAUAAGAGUGAUGGCGCCGCUGGUCAAACUGGUUACAACCGAUGUGGUACCAAAGCUACUAAAGACAGCCAAUGCCAGAAUCUCUUCAUCAACUCUGCUGAGGAUUUCUGCGUGUUUGCCCCCCCGACCGUGCUAGCCGUGGGUGAGGCAGAGCGUAUUGCUGUUUCUUACUGCUCCAAAGACGGCCACGGAACUCGUUUGAUCCCCCCAGGAACCUUCAAAACCCUGCAUUACGUUCGAACGCCUCAUUAUAUCCAAAUUACCGCCGUUGGUGAUUUCACCAAAAUCAAUGUCCCAGCCCAUGACGAAGGUGGCGAAUUAGAUCCUUCCGGUGCUGACGGCCACGGUAACCCCAUCGGUGGGCUGGUCUUUGGCGAGCGUGGUCAAUUCAACCACUGGACCGAAUUCAUUGCUCACGAUGAGCUCUCCAUCAGAGCCUGCUUCAACACCGACCAAGCUUACAGAUACUGCCAACAUAUCUAUGACUUGGAGGGAAGUCGCUGGAACAUGCCUGGUAACUACGACGGUCCUGGCUUCGACCAAUGCGAGGGAGAUGAUGUACCCCACCCCAUGGGUGAAUAUCGCCGACCUGAUGGCUCGAUUUACACAUACAAGCGAAGUGACGGUCCUACGCCUCCCCCUGGUGCCCCUGGGAAGAUCAAAUCCUGCAAGAGCGCUCGUGCCCCAGGCUUGAACUACCCCCGCACCAGGCGUUGA